GGGUGAAAAAGUGCCUUGAGUCCCAGCAAUAUUUCCAUCAAAUAUCACGGAGACGCGCAGUAGAGCGGCAACGUUUUCGAUUCGCAAAGCAGCCGAGAGGAUCUCGUUCGAACGGCUGCUGGCAUUUGGAAGAAGGCGAAAGAGCUGGUUGCGUCACAGUAUCGGAAGCCGUCGACAUCCCCAAACGCAUAGCAACGCCUGCAACAGUAUCCACGACAACGAAAAAUGUCUUCCGCGACACCCACACCCCGCGACGCCGGUCUCCCCGCUCCCGCUACCGCCACACCCUCCCCCCUCCCCUCCUCGUCGUCCACAUCGACAACCAAACCAGCCAUCCUCCACCUCGGCGACGACAUCCGAUGGAACCAUGCGCUUUACCAAGAGCUGGGGGUGAAGUUCCACAUUGAGCGGAGCUAUUCCAUGGGCAGAGAGGAGUUCAAGGCCGCGCUCAAGGAGAGGCGGUGGGGUGAUUUCGUGGGGAUGUACCGCCCGUUCUGGAAUACGGGUGGUGAGAUGGGGAAUUGGGACGAGGAGCUUAUAUCCCUCCUCCCAGCCUCCUGCAAAAUCUACGCCAGCGCCGGGGCCGGCUUCGACUGGGUCGACACCCGCACCCUCGCCGCCCACGGCAUCAUCUACUGCAACGCUGCCUCCGCGUGCACCGAGUCCGUCGCCGACACCGCCAUCUUCCUCCUCCUCGCCACCUACCGCGCCUUCCCUUGGUCCUUCCUCGCCGCCCGCUCCUGCGACCCCGACGCCUUCCACGCCGCAAACCAGAACAUCGCCGCCGUCACGCACAAUCCCAACGGCAGCGUGCUCGGCAUCAUUGGCCUGGGCAAAAUCGGGUUCCGGCUUGCGCAGAAGGCGAUGGUCGCGUUCGAGAUGAAGGUCGCGUAUCAUGAUGUUGUGAGGAUUGAGGGGAGGGAGCGGGAAUUGGGGGACGUGAGGUGGUGUGAGACGUUGGAGGAGCUGUUGGGGAUGAGCGAUUGCGUGGUGCUGGCCACGCCGUUCGAGGGGCGCGUGCUACUUGGGAAGAAGGAGUUCCAACAGUUCAAGAAGGGGGCUAGACUGGUUAACAUUGCAAGAGGCAAGCUUGUCGACGAGGAGGCGUUAGUGGAGGCGCUGGAUGAGGGCAUUGUUAGUGCGGCAGGCCUGGAUGUGCAUGCUGAUGAGCCGAAUGUGAAUCCGAUUCUCGCCAAGAGAGAUAACGUCAUGGUUCUGAGUCAUACCGCCGGGGCGAGUGUGGAGAGCCAUGUUGGCUUCGAGCGGUUGGGCAUGGAGAAUUUGAUUAGCUACCUCGGGGGUGGACAGGCGCUCACGCCUGUGAAUCUAGAAUGGAUCAAGAAGAAAGAUUGAGAUGUAGACCCGGAUUCUCCUGUCUUACAUGGAUCAUCCAAAUAAAAGUUUUCACCCGCUUCUAGUAAUCUAUCGUAAGAACAGCUGCUUGCCUGAACAGGCCAACACCUACGCAUUUAAACCUGAUGCACUGCUUCAGUCUCCGGAGA